AUGGAAGAAGCACUAAGGCGGCUCAACGGAUUGCCCAUAACGGCGUCUCAUCUUGACGACGCCGUUUCCACUCCAAAUAACCACAGAAAGAAAUCUACAGCGGCAGCUAAUUCCUCCAUGGCUAAUGCUGACCGUCGGAUCACACGCGACAGUUCAAGCUCUGCUGCGAUGCGAUACCGUGGCGUCCGACGUAGACCAUGGGGCCGUUACGCCGCCGAGAUUCGUGACCCGAACUCAAAGGAACGGCGAUGGCUCGGCACAUUCGACACGGCUGAAGAAGCUGCACGUGCUUAUGAUUGUGCUGCACGUGCCAUGCGAGGACUCAAAGCCCGCACUAAUUUCGUGUAUCCUCCUACUCCUUCACCGCCUCAUUCUCUCUCCGAUCAACUUCUUUCCCCUCUCAACUUCGCCAAACAGUCCCAGAUUAGUCGCCAUCUUGCCACGUCGUCGAAUUGGUCAACGUUUUCCAACGCUCACACCUUUGAUUACCCUGAACCCGCCUCGCAGAAGAUCACUCCCCCGUCUUUCCUCAACAUGCUUCUCCCUCCUCACGAAAUUCACUCUUCUUCAAACCCUAACUUUGUCUCAUCUACCCCUCAGUUUCCCAUCGCUGACGACCAAUUUCACUGUCCAAAAUCGUCUUUUACUUCCAUCCCCGUCAUAGAAAGUAAUGAUGAUUUUUUACGUGACUCAGAGUUCAUCCCUAAAGAACCAUCAGGUUCUGGCCUUCUAGAAGAGAUUAUUCACGGCUUUUUCCCAAAGCCCUCUCAAAAUUCCCAGCCUUCAAGCGACAUGUCGUCUAUCGCUUCAGAGACGAAUGUCGGUCACUCCCUUGACCAACAAACCGGGAUGGCGUACAAUUACCAAACCGGACCGGUUCAGCUCGGGAACUUGAACCAUUCGUAUUGUAACGGUGGUGAAGAAAUAUCGUUCGUUAACGGCUUUCCGAUGAACGUGGAGAUGGGGAUGGAGUCGGGGAAUUUGAUAAUGGAGAAUCUUCUACAGUAUCCGGAGUUUUUCAAUGCUUAUGCUGCUAAAAUACAGAAUGCUUAA